CUCGGUGUCACCAGUGUGCGACUCGUCUGGUCUGAUAUAGGAGACCGCCAAUGACAAGAUGGCCACGGAGCAUUAGAGGAAUCUGUCAACUCUUUCAGCUACAGUGAAAUAACAUUUAGUGCUUUCUAUAAUAAUGGGUUUAUCACAAAGCACCGGUGCGUCGGAAGGAGGAACAGAUGGAUACCACGUCCACGGGGUGCAGGAGAAUUCCCCUGCAGAGAAAGCUGGGCUGGAGCCGUUCUUUGACUUCAUCCUCUCUCUGGGAGACCACAGACUGAACCAGGAGAAUGACAUGCUGAAGGACCUUCUGAAGUCUAACGUGGAGAAGGCAGUGAUCAUGGAGGUGUACAGCACUAAGACCAUGAGGCUGAGGGAGGUGGAGGUGGUGCCCAGUAACAUGUGGGGAGGACAGGGCCUGCUGGGGGCGUCUGUCAGGUUCUGUAGCUACCAAGGAGCCAAUGAGAACGUCUGGCAUGUACUGGAUGUGGAUGUGAACUCACCAGCUGCGUUGGCCGGCCUUCAGGCCCACAGUGACUUCAUCGUUGGAGCAGACCAGGUGUUGCAGGAUUCGGAGGACUUCUUCUCGCUGAUCGAGGCCCACGAGGGGAAACCUCUGAAACUGCUGAUCUACAACACAGAGACAAACGCCUGCAGAGAGGUGGUGGUCACACCCAACGGGGCCUGGGGAGGAGAGGGGAGUUUGGGUUGCGGUAUCGGAUACGGCUACUUGCACAGGAUCCCAUCCAUGUUUCCCUCUGUCCCCGACGAGGGAUCCACGCCAGAGAUACACGCCAAUGGACACCAAGAGGCGUCUCUGAUGGUGGGUCAGUCCGGCCUGGGACAGGGAACAGAGAUGACAGACCAAGAUAACAGACUGGAACAGAUCACUCUGCAGAAAGAGGACAGUCAUCCACCUCUACAGGGAAUCAUGGAUCCAGGCUUCUCUGAGUCGGAGGUGGCUAUGAUGGCCCCUGACCCUUCAGAAGACAUGGCUGAUCGACUGGACCUGUCCGUCUCGUCCAUCGACAUGACUGGCACCUCUCUGGCCGUGCACGAGGAAAAGGACAGCAACAACAUCUCCGGCAUCGACGAGCUGGGUGACAGUGAGCUUCCUGAGACGCCACCAGAGAACUGGAUGGAGACUGAACAUCGGGAGUCUCUUAUCAUGUCCACCGAAUCACAAGACCAAGCGUCCGAAUCCGCUGGAUCCCCUGACACAGUUGUGGAGGCUCCAUUCGCCCCCCCUCCUGUCGUUGAGUCCCUCGCCCCUCUUGUUGAUGCUGAAGCUUCUCUCCCGGAGCCAGACAUCACCUAUUUCUCCCCCUCCCCUCCCCUGGACCUCCUGCCCCAGGACCAGCUCCUGCUUCAGUCCCAGGUCAGUGACAUCUCACUCACUCAGGACAACGUCACAUUGGAUGGAACACCACCAGAGCCAAUGGUAGAGCCUGACGUCAUCAGCUCACUGGAGCAACUCUCUGUGGAGCAGUCUGAAACCGCCGCGGCGGAACACCACCAUGACGACCACGAGUGUUGCCAUGACCACCACGAGCAUGAGGUCAGCAACCAGGAAGUGGAGGAAGGGUAGGUUUGUGUGUUUUCUUUCCGGGUCUGGUCACUGCCUGAAGAAACACUAGCAGAGAUACUGAGCAGUCAAACAACAUGGGAAAUGUUCAGGACACUGGUGAAAAGACCUGGGGUGACGUAUUGAGAUGCAACACUAAUAGAACCAGAUAGAAAUGUAAUGAAUUUAACUGACACGCUUCCCCAAUUUUAUAUGAUGACAAUGGAUGUCUGUUCUAUCUGAACGUGCUGAACAGGCCUCUGGUAUAUGAGUGAUGGCGAGCGUACAGUCUAUGGUCCAACAGAACGUUGUACAGUUUUUAUUUUUAUUUUUUUAAAUUUGAACGACUGUUUGGAUGGGUCACGAGAGAGAUCAUGGUAGAAAUGUAUAACAAUAGCUCUCUUGUAUUUUUGGGGUGUAGGAUCCUAUGUUACAAGUUCAGCUUAAUGUUCCGAUUAGCCGUAAGGUUUGCAAUGUUAUGAACAUUUUGUAGUUUGUUUUCGUGUAAAAAAAAAUAUAUAUUUUUUUUGGGGAUUAAAAAAAAAACAAAUCAAUUAAUGGAAUGGUGAAAGAUCCAAAGAUAAUACCACACACAGAUAAAUACAUUCAUUAUAUAUUGUUGAACUACUUUAUAGAAUUCACUACGACAAACCAGUGAUGUAUAAACUUAAAGCACCUUUUGAAUAUUUGAUUUGUGACGACGACAACUUUUUUUUCUUUUUUUUUUGGUCCUGUAAUUUGACUUCCUGUUGAAAUACACUACUUGACAUACAUUUACAUUACAUUUAAGUCAUUUAGCAGACGCUCUUAUCCAGAGCGACUUACAACAUACGAGUGGACCUCAUAGGCCUGGGUCUAAUACAUUCAAAUACUUGAGCCGCGCUUGAUUUAGUUUGCCAGUAGGCUUGCAUGGCCCUCCUUCCAAAUCCCGUCUCGUUGACUCGAACGUGAGAAGCCUGGGCUUCCGAGGUUAGUUUGCCAGGUACCAUGGAAAAGUCUCAAAAGUGCAAACUUCAAGUUAAAUUAAGCGCAUCUCAAAAAAAAAUUGGGACAUUUUGACCUACAUACUUGACCCAGGUUCAGUACCUGAACGGUACCAUUUAUAUAAUCAAUCGGGCACAGCUUUUUUUUGCUCUCAUCAUUUGGAAGUGUUCAAGGCGUCGUUGUAAAUAAGAAUUUGUUCCUAACUGACUUGCCUAGUUAAAUAAAGUUUUAAUAAAUAACCUUCACACUUCAGCAAACAAAAUGAUUAGAAACCAUGUGAAGGACUUACCAAGACAAACAGACUAGGGAGAAAGGAGUUGGAGUACUCUACACACAAGGCUGAAUUUGUAUUUUAAUUUAGGUCACUUUUAAUCCAUUGUACAGGAUGAGAACAGGUGACGUCUUCCUUGAUUACUGUUAUAGGAAUCCAUGUUUUUAAAUUACGUGAAACGGUCGUUGUUUUUAAUGCAUCAAAUAUAGAAAUUGUUGUUAGUUCUGUGUUCACAAAAAGAGACAUUUUUAAUGUGGGAUCAGGUUGUAGUUUUAGUUCUUUAAAAACUCAAGAAAGUUGAAUCGGUACUUAAGAGGUAGACCUGUUCUCAAGUUACAGUGCAUUUAUUUGUUAGACUAAUAUUUUCUGGAUUUCUGUAGCGUAAGGGCCAGAUUCAAUCCGAUCACGUUUGGUCGGCGAAGCACCUUUUUUAUAAAGUCAAUGUUCCUGUGUUCGCAGAGACCACAUUCACCAACGCUGCAUAUGUUGGCUCAAUAGUAAAUUUACCUUUGAAUGUAAAGCGUGCUAAAUCUCAAAUCUACCGAAUGAUCGGAUUGAAUCCCAGCCUUUGUUGCUGGGCAAUUUUAUUUGUCAUUUUAUGGGUUUCUGUACACCCUAGGUGAAAGGUCAUUAUUUUGUAAACAUACAGUAGGGAAAGUCUCAUUCCUCCAUGUUACCUCUUAUCUGUGUCAUUUUUGAUCUAUGCAAUUGUCAGCCAUGUUUGUAUUUUUUUUAAAUAAAGCUGUAGGCAACAUACUGUAGCCAUCAUGGAAGUCAUCUGUAAGCUGGAACCACAGACAAUACUGUAUCAGGGUUGAUCAUUUAAAUUCCAUUUAAAUUAGUCAGUUCAGGAAGUACACUGAAAUUUCCAAUUCUCUUAAAUACUUUCUGAAUUGACUUGACCACAACCCUGUGCAGUAGCUUCUGAUUUAAAUAGUGACACUACUGUUGUUAGUUUAAUAUAAAUGUUUUGAGCAAAUGCUUUUCUGUAAGAGAAGUUUCUUUUGAAGUUUCUUUUUUGAUUUAGGCUAGGCACUUAGUUGUGAGAAAUGAGGGGAGGGGAAAUAUUUUAUCAAUGGAUGGAGAGUUUAUUGUUAAUGAGUGCAAAUUAAAUUCUAAUUGUGAAAAAUUGAUUAUUAUUCUCUGUAAAGCUUCUGAUGCAAAAAUGGAGUCGCUUCUAGUCACUGGAACAAAAAAAAAUAAAAAUGGUCAAUUU